GGAGGGGUGGGGCGCCCUGCGCUUGGGGGCCGGCUGCUGCCGAGGCCGGCUAAACACAGAAUGGGGAAGAAUCCUGUGCGUCCUCCACGAGCCCUUCCACCUGUGCCAAGUCAAGAUGAUAUUCCACUUAGUCGUCCUAAGAAAAAGAAGCCCAGAACAAAAAACACACCAGCAAGUGCUUCUUUGGAAGGCCUUGCUCAGACUGCUGGUCGAAGGCCCUCUGAGGGUAGUGAGCCAUCAACUAAAGAACCCAAAGAGCACCCAGAGGCUCCUGUUCAAAGAAGACAGAAAAAGACAAGGCUACCUCUUGAAUUGGAGACUUCCUCCACCCAAAAGAAGUCAUCUAGUUCAUCUGUAUUACGGAAUGAAAAUGGUGUUGAUGCGGAGCCAGCUGAGGAGGCAGUUAUUCAAAAACCUCGGAGGAAGACAAAGAAAACCCAGCCAGCAGAAUUACAGUAUGCCAAUGAGCUAGGAGUAGAAGAUGAAGACAUAAUCACUGAUGAGCAAACUCCUGUGGAACAGCAGUCUGUAUUCACUGCACCCACUGGCAUUAGCCAGCCUGUAGGCAAAGUAUUUGUGGAAAAAAGCCGGAGAUUCCACGCUGCUGAUCGUUCAGAGUUGAUAAAGACCACAGAAAACAUAGAUGUGUCAAUGGACAUGAAGCCUUCCUGGACCACCAGAGAUGUGGCACUUACAGUACACCGGGCUUUCAGGAUGAUUGGUCUCUUUUCUCAUGGAUUCUUGGCUGGCUGUGCUGUGUGGAAUAUUGUUGUGAUAUAUGUUCUAGCAGGAGAUCAGCUAUCCAACCUUUCAAACCUUCUGCAGCAAUACAAGACCCUAGCGUAUCCAUUCCAGAGUCUUCUGUACUUGCUUUUGGCUCUGAGUACAAUUUCAGCUUUUGACAGGAUUGACUUUGCUAAAAUAUCGGUAGCAAUCCGAAAUUUUUUGGCCCUGGAUCCUACAGCUUUAGCAUCUUUCUUGUACUUUACUGCUCUUAUACUAUCUCUGAGUCAGCAAAUGACAAGUGACAGAAUCCACCUUUACACACCUUCUUCUGUUAAUGGCAGCCUCUGGGAAGCAGGAAUUGAGGAACAGAUUCUCCAGCCAUGGAUUGUGGUGAAUCUCGUGGUGGCUCUUCUGGUUGGAUUAUCUUGGCUAUUUUUGUCUUAUAGGCCAGGCAUGGAUCUUAGUGAAGAGUUAAUGUUCUCCUCAGAGGUGGAAGAAUAUCCUGAUAAAGAUAAAGAAAUCAAAGCCUCUUCAUAAUACCAGCUCACCUUUGGAGGAACAAUGACCCAGUAUUUGUCCCAUUUUUUUUUUAAAUGUAUUUUUAUAAGAUGUAUACAUGUGUAUUUGUAAUAGUUUUUUGAUUAUAUAAUACUGAAACAUCUCUCAAUAUGAAAAAUGUUAAAAUUGUGUUUGCUAUUUAUGUCUAAAUAUUAAUUUGUAUAGCAUUAUCAUCUUAAUGACAAAGGGAAUAAUGAACUAGAAACCAGCAAGUGAAAGUUUUUAUUUCCUAUUUUCUCAAAACAGUUGUAUUUACAACUAUUAUCUUAAAAAGCACUGGUUUAGAAAAAGCCAUAACUUACAUAGUGUUAUAAAAUAUAUAUCAGGUUUAAACAUAAAUUUAGCGAAUAUGGUAGAAGGGAAAAAAAGCCUUCAUUUUUGACCUCCCCUUACUGAAUAAAUUGAAAUAUGAAAUUUGUCUUUUCUGAAACUGGCUUAGUGAUUAUCAUGUAAUAAUUAUAAUAUAAUUUAGCUUGAAAGAUGCUCUACAUCAUGACCAAUAAAAAGGGAAUGUAUCUUUUGUUUGAAAAAUUAUAUAACCUAAAAUUUUAUAACCUAAAAUUUUUACCUAGAAGUAACUAAAAAGUUGCUUCUCAUUAUAAUCUGUACUAGUGGUUCUCAUAUCUGGUUGUACAUCAGGGUCAUAGAGGGAGCUUUAAAAAAUCUAUGUAGCAAAAGAGGCUGAGCAGGGCAAGUCUCAGGGGAAUAAAGGAGAGCCCUGUGAGCUUGUAGGCUCCCAGUUGACAUUUGCAGUACCCUUUCCUCUGUCCCUUUUUUCUGAGUGACAAGAAAUAGGAGUAGAAAUUCACCAUCUCUGUUCUCCAGCUCUUUGUCAGAGAGGUUUCUGGCUUUCCAGGUAAUCCCACUCUUGAGAUAGGUCCUGCACUGGGAAAGAUCUCUUCAGAACUAUAUCCAGUGGUAUCUCAGCUGUUGUGUAUGAGACCCUAGAGCUCAAGAUGAGGAGAAGACUAGCUAUGGGAAAAAAUGUUUCAAAGGCUGUUGAGCAUAUCAAUAAAACUAUGGGCCUGCCCUGAUUAGCAAGCAGCUGAAUGUUAUAGAACACAAGAGGAUUGACAAAUUGAUGAUACAGAUGGUUGACCCUGAGAAUAGGUCUAAAUUUGGAGUGAACAUUAUACUAGGAAUCUCUUUUGCUGUUUGUAAGGCUGGAGCUGCCGAAAAGGGAUUCUCCCUGCUGUCACAGAAUUGUGAAUUUGCUGGCAAUUCUGAAGGCAUCCUGCUAGUUCCAGUGACCAGCAAUGGUUCUCAUUCUGGCAAUAAGCUGGCAGUAUAGGAGUUCAUAAUCUUCCCCGUCAGCAAACUUGAGGGAAGCCAUGCUCAUUAGAGCCAAGGCUUAGCACACUUGAGCAGUGUCAUCAAAGAGAAAUGUGAGAAAGCUGCUGCCAAUGUGGGGGAUUGUGGUAGGCUGCAUAAUAUCUCCUAAAGAUGUCCAUGUCCGAAUCCCUGGAACUUGUGAAUAUACUACUUUACAUGGCCAAAGCGAUUUGCAGAUGUGAUUAAGGUUAUGAACCUUAAAACGGGGACAUUAUCCUGUAUUAUCCAGAAGGGUCCAGUGUAAUCUUAUGAGUCCUUAAAAGCAGAGAAGAAAGCCUUUUAUGUCUGUGGUUAGAGAGGUCAGAAGUUGUGAUACUGCUGGCUUUGAAGAUGGAAGAGGCGGCCAUGAGCCAAGGAGAGUGAUGACCUUGCAGCUGAGUAUGGCCCUUGGCCGACAAUGAGCAAGGAAAUGGAUUUCAGUCACAUAACCACGAAGAACUGAGUUCUAUGAGUAUCCCAAAUGAGCAAGGAAACAAAUCCUCCCCUAGAGCCAAGAAAGGAAUGCAGCUCUGUGGAUACCUUGGUUUUGGCCUGGUGCUGCCCAUGUCAGACUUUUGACAUACAGAACUGUAAGAUAGCAAGUGUAUGCUGACUAAGCUGCUAAAUUGGUGGUGAUUGGUUAUGGCAGCAAUAGAAAGCUAUAUAUCCUAGAGAAUAAAGAAGGCUAGAGCUGCUGUGGAAUGCACUUGGGAAAGCUGGCUACAUUGAUAAUAUGUAACUGGCAUGGGCAUAGUUGCCUUUGAAUUCUUCCAGGUCUGGGAAGUACAACUUAGACUUCAGAUCUCCUAAUGACCCAGGAGGCAUAUAAACCUGAGCAGCUAGUAGCCCUGUGCAAGUCCUUCAUCAGGGAAAAACAUUGAGUAUUCCCUGAUUAAGGACUUGUACAGAGGACUCUGUUUUCCCUGAUGUUUCUGGUGUCUCUCAAAAAUUGUUUGACUGUGAUGACAGGGAAAUUUGGAAGAAGUUCACUGCUAAGGCAUGUCUCCAGGAAGUAGGGAAUGAUCUCACAGUGAUACUUGAGGCACAUUGCUAAAGCUGUCGAUGAGAAUUCAUGUAACUUUCUCCAGCUUACAGUGGACUAGGUUGACAUACAAGCUGAUCCAGUCCAAUUGGUAGGGCAUCAUGGUUUCUCAUUACUCACUGACUUAAAAUACUUUUAUUGCCAACCUGGUGAAGCACUGCACUGGGUAGAUAACACACGGGCACCUUGCUGAUCAGAGCCCUUGGCCAGGUACAAAGAGCUCAGUUUCUAAAACUCUGUCAUUUCAAUAAUGUUAUAAAUUGAAUCAUACAGUAUGUAAUUUUAUGGGAUUCGCUUUUUUUCUGUUGAUCUCUUUUUUUCUGAGUCAUCAGCUGUUGUGUGUAUCAAUAGUUAUUUCCUUUAACUGUUUUGUUUGGUUUAACUCAUUGACCUAUUGAAGGGUAUCUGGGCUCAUUCCAGUCUGAAUAAUGCUCCUGUGGACAUUCAUGUGCAAGUUUUUGUGAACAUUAAGUUUUCAUUUCUUUACGAUAAAUGCCCAGGAGUGAAAUUGAUGGGUUGUAUGUAGUUACAAACUGCCAAGCUGUUUUCCAGAGUUGGCGGUACCAUUCUAAUUUCCCAUGACAAGUUUUUGAAGAGUCCAAGCUAGUUUUGCUUUAGAGUGCCCCACCUACAUUUUGUAAUUGUCUGACUUUUUCCUAAUGACAUCACUUAAUUUGUUCCUCAAUCUCCUGAAUUUCCUGUAGACUGGAGGUUAGGUCAGGCGGUUUGAUUAGAUUUUUUAAAAAAAUAAGACGACUUCAUCUGUGAUGCUGUGUACUUAAUGUUGCAUAACAUGAACCCUAAGAACAGAGUGAGCUGCUGGACAGCAAGUUUCAUUGGGUGCAAUAAUUAACACACCACAUAGUAUAAAUCUGAAAUAAUGACAAACGUGUUAAGGGCCUUGGGAUAUUGGGCCAUGUACUCUGAGGAGCACAAGGUGAGGUGCAGGUUCCUGCCCCUAAAGAACUCUAUCUUUUGAGAUUAGCAACUAAUAGUGUGAGCCCACUAAUAGGAUGUGAAAGUUGUCAAAAUCAAGUUGUAGUCAUUGUGUUAAAAAUCCUAACAAAUAGAACUGGGGAAGGCCAUGAAAGGAGGAUUUUCAUGCACAGAUGCCUGAUAAUGAGGACUAUCAUAAAAGACUGCACAAAACCACACCUUGCACAAAGGCCAUCACAACCUUAAAUACUUCUAUGAGGACAUUUGCCUAGCAGCUGCCUGUGCAAUGUCCAGCUGGCAACAUCCUUGUUACUGAUCCUUGUAGCCAAGGAUAAUUCUCUCAAAACAAUAGUUUUUGCUUUAAAAACUGUUGUCUUCCUUGACCUCCCUGUAAAUGCACAUAGUUUACUGUAGCACUUGUAUUCUUAUUGCAAUGCCUACUCCUGAAUAAACAUCAUUUUCUUUCAGAGAGUCUCCCUCUCUGUUAUUUAGGCUGACAAGGAUAUGCCAAGAAGUAGCUUGGAUACAGCAGUUAACUCUGCCUUUAGGAUAUGUGUAUGGGAUAUAAGAGUUAACUAAAAGCUGACCUUUGAGCUGGUCCUUGAAUAAAAGAAGAAUAGAUUCCAAAAAUAAGAGGAAUAAAUAAUGAUCCUGAGCUAGGAGAGUACAUUUUGCAGACCUUUGGUUUCCAUAUUAAGAAAUUUAGAUUUUUGUGUACAGUAAAGAAGUUCUGGAAUUUUC